GGCGCUGGGCACCCGCUGGCCGACUUUCCCAAGUGCGAUCGGAGCCCGUUUGGCCCGCGUCCCGCCCCCAUGGACUCGCCCGGGGUCGCCCACACUUGAGGACCCGACGCCCGCUGGGUUCCAGGUUGGGUUGACCUCCACUCCCGCCACCAAGUGAGCCCCUCGGGCUGUGCAGGCUCCCGUCCCGCGUCCCGCCCGCUGGCCGUCGGGCGAAGGCUCCGCCGCCGCCGCGCCUCGCACCCCAGCUACCUGCCCCAUGCUGGUGCACACUUACUCCCCCAUGGAGCGCCCCGACGGGCUGGGCGCAGCGGCUGGAGGGGCCCGCCUGUCGUCCCUGCCUCCGGCGGCCUACGGCCCGGCACCCCCGCUCUGCCACACGCCCGCCGCGGCCGCGGCCGCCGACUUCCAGCCGCCCUACUUCCCGCCGCCCUACCCGCAGCCGCCCCUGCCCUACGGCCAGGCGCCCGACGCCACCGCCGCCUUUCCCCACCUGGCGGGCGACCCGUACGGCGGCCUGGCGCCCCUGGCACAGCCGCAGCCUCCACCGGCCGCCUGGACCGCGACCCGCGCCGCCACCCGCGCCCACAACGAGCCGCCGGGCCUGCUGGCGCCGCCCGCCCGCGCCCUGGGCCUGGACCCGCGCCGCGACUACGCCGCCGCGGUGCCCCGGCUCCUGCACAGCCUGGCCGACGGCGCGCACGGCCUGGCGGACGCGCCCCUCGGCCUCCCCGGGCUGGCGGCGCCGCCCGGCCUGGAGGACUUGCAGGUCAUGGAUGAUUCGGGAGUGAGCCUCCUGGACCAGUCUGUGAUCAAGAAAGUCCCCAUCCCCUCCAAAGCCAGCAGCCUCUCGGCCCUCUCACUGGCCAGAGACAGCCUGGUUGGCGGCAUCACGAACCCCAGUGAGGUCUUCUGCUCCGUGCCAGGCCGGCUGUCACUGCUCAGCUCGACAUCCAAGUACAAGGUGACAGUGGGGGAGGUCCAGCGGCGACUCUCGCCUCCCGAGUGCCUCAACGCCUCACUCCUGGGUGGUGUCCUUCGCAGGGCCAAGUCCAAGAAUGGAGGCCGGUGCCUGCGGGAACGGCUGGAGAAGAUUGGGCUCAACUUGCCAGCUGGCCGACGCAAGGCCGCCAACGUGACGCUACUCACUUCACUGGUGGAGGGAGAGGCCAUACACCUGGCCCGAGACUUCAGCUACAUCUGUGAGACCGAGUUCCCAGCCAAGGCAGCUGCCGAGUACCUGUGCCGACAGCAUGCUGACCCUGGGGAACUGCACAGCCGCAAGAACAUGCUGCUGGCCGCCAAGCAGAUCUGUAAGGAGUUUGCAGACCUGAUGGCUCAGGACCGCUCGCCACUGGGCAAUAGCCGCCCUGCUCUCAUCCUGGAGCCCGGAGUGCAGAGUUGCCUGACACACUUUAGCCUCAUCACCCACGGUUUUGGUGGGCCAGCCAUCUGUGCUGCCCUCACCGCCUUCCAGAACUACUUGCUGGAGUCACUCAAGGGGCUGGACAAGAUGUUUUUAAGCACUGCGGGCAGUGGGCAUGGCGACACUAAAGCUUCAGAGAAGGAUGCCAAGCAUCGGAAAUAACCGCUUCCCAGGCCCCAUCCCUAAGGGGCUCCCAAGGCCUGAAAUAAGGUCUUAGCUCCUAGGGGUGGGCCUGAAAGGAUUAAAAGGAGGGGUUAGAGUAAGGCCAGAAAGAGAGCAUUCAUCCAGAGACCCCCGAGUUAGGGACCUGGGCUGGAAAAGGUGGGGAUGGCCUGUCUGUGGUGGUUUGAUAAGGGCCCUGUUGUUUGCAAUUUUCUGACCCUGGAUUGCUAAGUGCUUGAACAGGAAAUUGGCAUGGUUCUUGGGGCUGAGCCCUCCCCGUUAGGGUGCUUGGGCAGUGGUGGGUACUCUUAGGGUCCAAGGCCUUGCUGUUUUUACUGAUGGCAGGAGGAAAACUGUUGACAAACCAGAGGUGCUACUGAGGAGUUGGCACCCUUCAUCCCAGAAUCUUGACCCUCAAAGAAAAGGGGUCCUGGCAGGAAAACUCCAAUGGGUACUUUGGACUCCUCCCACUCUUGGAAAGAAGUGGGCAGGAACAAAGAAGACAAAGCACAAAUUGUAUAACUUGAAUCCAGGCUGCACUUCACAGCCCUGUCAUUGUCUGCCCUAUUUAUUUGUGUGUUGUAAUUAAAUUUGAAAGUUUUAAAAUGUC